CGUCAGCCAAAGUCCAGGAAGAAUAUUUCCAGGAUUGAGCCCAACUCUUAGCAUAUUUCUCUGCACCAUCCGCGAAAUACAGCGUCCGUCCGUUUGCACCUGUCGAAAUGGCAGACAACAGGGACAAAGCCACCGACCAGAUGAAGAUUUGGAAGGAGAGUCGGUCUUCUCAGAAGCCAGACAUUCUGACCACAGGUGGUGGUCAUCCCAUUGGAGACAAGUUAAACUUGCAGACUGCAGGACCAAGGGGUCCUCUUCUGGUCCAGGAUGUGGUCUUCACAGAUGAGAUGGCCCAUUUUGAUAGAGAACGAAUCCCAGAGAGAGUGGUGCAUGCCAAAGGUGCAGGAGCUUUUGGCUACUUCGAAGUGACUCAUGACAUCUCUCGUUACUGCAAAGCAAAGCUGUUCGAACAUGUUGGCAAGACUACGCCUAUUGCGAUCCGCUUCUCCACUGUCGCUGGGGAGUCUGGAUCUGCUGAUACCGUGCGAGAUCCCCGAGGCUUUGCAGUCAAGUUUUACACUGAGGAGGGCAACUGGGACCUGACGGGGAACAACACACCCAUUUUCUUCAUCAGGGAUGCCAUGCUGUUCCCGUCCUUCAUCCACACCCAGAAGCGUAAUCCCCAAACCCACAUGAAGGACCCUGACAUGGUGUGGGACUUCAUGAGCCUGAGGCCAGAGAGUCUGCAUCAGGUGUCCUUCCUGUUCAGCGAUCGAGGUUUGCCUGAUGGGUAUCGUCACAUGAACGGCUAUGGCUCCCACACUUUCAAACUGGUCAAUGCAGCUGGAGAACGAGUCUACUGCAAGUUUCACUACAAGACUGAUCAAGGAAUAAAGAAUCUGUCCACCGAAGAGGGUGAACGUUUGGCCUCCUCUAACCCAGACUAUGCCAUCGGAGACCUAUUCAACGCCAUCGCCAAUGGAAACUUCCCAUCCUGGACUUUCUACAUCCAGGUUAUGACUUUUGAGCAGGCGGAGAAGUUCCGCUUCAACCCGUUCGAUCUUACCAAGGUAUGGCCACAUAAGGAAUAUCCCUUGAUUCCUGUGGGCAGACUGGUUCUCAACAGAAACCCAGUGAACUACUUUGCAGAGGUGGAGCAGCUGGCCUUUGACCCCAGUAAUAUGCCACCAGGCAUUGAACCGAGCCCUGACAAGAUGCUACAGGGUCGUCUGUUCGCUUACCCUGAUACACAUCGACACCGGCUGGGAGCCAACUACCUGCAGAUCCCUGUCAACUGCCCCUACAAGGCCCGGGUGACCAACUACCAGCGUGACGGCCCCAUGUGCAUGUUCGACAACCAAGGUGGAGCUCCAAACUACUACCCCAACAGCUUUAGCGCCCCAGACACCCAGCCUCGGUUUGUUGAGUCCAGGUUCCAGGUGUCUCCUGAUGUGGCACGUUACAACAGCGAAGAUGAAGAUAAUGUCACCCAGGUGCGUGCGUUCUACACUCAGGUGUUGAAUGAAGAGGAGCGGCAGAGGCUUUGUCAGAACAUGGCAGGAGCUCUGAAGGGAGCCCAGCUCUUCAUCCAGAAACGGAUGGUUGAGCAACUGAAGACUGUUCAUCCCGACUAUGGCAACAAGGUUCAGACCUACCUGAACAAGUACAACGCAGAGCCCAAAAAGAACACUGUGCACGUGUACAGCCGUCCAGGAGCCAUCCCUGCAUCCUCCAAGAUGUAAUGCCUUACAUUUGUACCGGGGGCUGCUCCCUCAGUUCAAUGGCCACAAAUGCACUUACAUAAUCACCGACUGCUACUACCAGAGACAAGUUCUCAACUUUCCGAUCGCCGUUAGAAACACAGCUGACAUACUAAUGUUUGAGUAUCAUGAUUGGGGUGAGUUCAUUUUUGAUUCAGCCAAUUUAAAAAAAAAAAAAAAAAAGAUAAUCAAUAAUAAUCAUUUCUUUAGGCCAAAUACUUUACUUUUCAACCUUAAAAAAAUCAACUGUAGUAAUUAAAUGUAUAAAGUCAAAUGAGACACUUAUUUAAUCUGACUAAUGAAAUGAAACGAACAUUAAAUGAACUAACCCCAUCUGUUAAGGGCUUUGAUAAGCGAUUGUUUCUAAUAAUUCCUCAGGUUGUAUGAGUACUACUCUGUUCUUCAGCUAAAUUUUGGUGAAAAUGAAUCAAGAACUGUCCAAAAAAUGUCUUUGUCCAGCAUUUAGGCAGCUUUUGAAUCAGUCACACAGAAUCGGUGUAAAUGACCAUAAACAAAAUGAAUCAGUGGUUGUAUACAGUUAGUGAAUGUGUCUAUCACACAGAUGGUCUAUAUCCCAAUGUAACCAAUGUUUUUUUUAUUACUGUUUAAAUUGUGAACUUUGAGAUGAGCUGUGUAUUUAGUGCCUGUAUCAUAAUUUCUAAUUAAACAUUUCAGCUUUUGUGU